AUGCAAUGUAUCUGGCGAAGAUGCACCAAACACACGCUCCAUGCUUUACCUGCUCAUGGCAAGGCCUUGCAAUCCACCUUCUCGUGUGGUUUUAGCGCACUCUCUACCUCAUUUGACCUAAAUCCAUCAACUUCACCUUCACUUUCACCGACCCCUUCCAUACCUACCUCGAAUUCUUCUUCGCAAUCCCUGACACCAGCCCAGAUCUCUCUUGCCGCUUCGCAGGCUGUCCGUUUGUCUAUUGCAAACAACGAUCUGUCUGAUGCCUUUCUCAUUGUCAACUCCAUUCGCCACGCCAGGCUUGGCGAUAGAUGGACUUCAAGCCUCGGAAUAAGAGACCUCAAGCGGUUCAAGGCCUCAGCCAUACCUUUCGACUCGAAUGUCUCGCCGAGGUUAUCUUCCCAUGCACUACUGCAUGGUCUCAUUCGGAUAGGGCUCUCGAAAAAAGCCGGCAAUUUGGCUCAGCAAAUGAUGAAAAGCUGCAUCCGAAUACGCACCAAAACAUUGGAAGCCGUUUUUCAAGCGAUAACACAUCCUUCUCCGACUAUAGGCAAUAUAACGUCACCCCUGUUGUUAAAGUCAUCGCUAGAAGACUCUGACAUUCUCACCCUCAAACCUACCAUGACAAACCACCACGGUACAAAAUUUGCUCUUCGGCUUCUGGACCUGGCGCGCCAAAGACGGCAGAAACGAACUAACAACAUGUUUCGAACCCUCAUGACACUCUGCGUUAUCAAUGGGGAAAUCAUCAUAGCAUCGUUGCUUUUUGGGAUUAUGGUUAGGGAUUGGCAGGCUCGCAUGGUGCAAUCUUCAAUCAAGCUAGAUCCAUCUUCCCCUGGACCUAUUGCGACUACACAGAACGGGUUGGGCGUCCCCAAAUGGUACGAUUCUGAGGCUGAGUUCCCCUCAGAAUCAUGUUUGCACCCCAUGUUGGAUGCGAUUGAUCAGACCCUCUCAUCGGACGCAACGGAUGAGAGCUCCCGACUUAACAUUCGUGCCGCGCUGCAGGCACUUGCUAAUAUCGCGGCACUUUUAGAUGAAAAGCGAAUACCUUUCCAGUCAAUCAGCCCAAUCAUACGUUCACUUUCUGCCUGUCCCAGGACGGCACGAGCGACACGAGACAAAGUGAAAGUUUGGGUCCCUGAUAAAGCGGGUCAGCCCGAGCAAGUCAAAGCCUACUCUUACUUUCAUGACGUCCUUCACCGACUUAUCCAUAAAUUGCCAGAACGCAAUCAUCUACACCCUCUUUCAUCCCCGGAAAGAUCAAUGUUACCCGCCAUGGACAGAUACGGGUACAACAGUCUUCUGCAGUACGCUUUGCGGCAUAGGCGUUCUGGCAAACUGGCUGACAAAAUUUUGCGCCACAUGACUGACGAACGAGUCCCGCCAUUAAAACCUGAUCAAGCUACCGCGACUAUUCUGCUGAGGAAUGGUACACUGCUCCACCGUUCUGAGAUUGUCGACAAAGCUUUGAAUUUGAUGAGUGACGGCCAGAACGCUACUCGCAUGGAUACCAUUCGCACGGCUGUGGAACGAGGAGAUAGUCACACUAUUACGUCCACUAUUACACAUCUCACGUCCACCGGCCGUCCAAAUGUUGUUGUAGACCUCUUACCCAUCAUUUUUCCUGGCCUCCUCCUACCGCCGGACCAAGCUGUGCAAGACGGCGAAUUUGCUGAUCCAGCGAAAAGAAAGAUGGUCAGGUAUAGCAAACAACUAAAGCACGCUGUUAAACUCGGACCAUACGUCUUUACUUCGAUCCUGAACGCACUUCAGAAAACAGGGAGGACUGGGUUCGCUGAGAGGGUUUGGAAGCUUGCACAAGAUGCCGAAGAGGCGAGUUGGAAGGUGGUUUUAGAUCCUGACGCAAAAUUUACUCCUUGGUGCCUCCCUAUUCAUGCAUACACCAUCAUGAUCAAGCUCUAUGCUGCUGAAGCGAAUCCACGGUCAAUUUCUAACAAUUUGGACACUAGUAAGGCUCGUCAUGCUCGUCAAGGCGUUAUUGGCUGGGGACAACCCCAUCCUCUUGUACCUCGGACAUCAAAUUUGCGCGAAGUUCUGGGACGUGAUCAAGGUUUGGCUGUUUACCGCUCCGCACAAACUGCUGCGCAGAGAAUCCCGGAGGAUCUCAUCAUCAAGCGUAGUCUGCAGCCUCCGGAGCCUGAUGCCCAUUUCUUCAAUGCUAUCCUCGAUAUUGUCGGUCGACACUCGCACAUGCGACCUAGGAGACCAAGAGUGAAUCCAGCUUUCGUAAAACACCAAGUGAAAAAGGCGAAAUUGAAUUAUGCGCAUCGUGGUGCUCUUUCGAAGGUUUGGGAUCCGACUUUGUUGGAAGUUGGAAAGGAUAUGAUUCAGGCGGGAUUUGCCAUUCCUUUGGGAUUCCAGCAUCUUUUCGUGGGGCGUCUGCCCUCAUGCGUAGAGGAAUCUCCACUGAAGAUCAAGACAUUUCCGUAUGCGUUCCCGUUAAAGAUGCAGCAGGGUAGAUCGUUGUAUCGCAUUCCAACGAGGAAAACGAAGUCCCACGGACUCGGACUGGGCUAACUUUGACGCUCUGACACUCUGAAUUGUCUCCUCGGGAAUAUGUUCCGUCAUUCAAAAUGACCCCAUUGGUGAAAUAUGGGAUUCCGAAGAACCGGAGCUGUUCUGAUCCCAGAAGUUUUAGGAGACAAUCCCAAGUAAAUAUGUAGCUUCCAAGUACUCUACGUAAAUAUGUCGGAUUCUGAUUGUUC